GCAGCAGGGAAGGGGUGGGGUUCGAAUUUUGAAGAAAGAGAGGCUGGUGAGCGAGAGGGCAGUUAAGUUGGCGGUGGCGGGCCUUCUGAUGUCACGUCUGCGCGGCUGGAGGCUCACGAAUUCGGGCCAUAGCCCACUCGCACCUGGCACACACUCCGUCGGCUUCGUAAAUUUCUCUAGAUCCACGCUGUCUUUCUUCCGCACGCAAAUUCAUUGCAAGACGGUGGGAGUGAUGUAGUUGACGUCAUGGAAGUUGGACGUUAAGAGUGUGUAAAUAUUGUUUUGGUAGACUACAACUGAAAUAUCGCAAGCUCUAAUGUACGGAAUCGAUGCUUCGAAUUUAGAUUUUGUUUUUGAUUCUCGAGGUUUCUGAUUUUACCUUCAGCGAUUAUCGAUGAAGCUGCUUCUUGAGUGGCGGUCAGGCUGAUUUUGGUGCCCAUCAUGCGGCGAGAUUUGUGAACGUAUACGAUGGACGGUUCGGAGUCUCGUGAUACUAGUGGUCGUCCACGACCACCUCCAGUUUCAGAGGGAGCUCCAGGGCAUCCUAGGGUUGGAGCUAACCAAGUGCGGCCAUCUCAACCCGGACCUAGUGGACAACAUUUGCAGGGCCGUAGCGGAGGUAGUGACAGUGUUGCUUUGGCUCUACCUGUAGCGUGUGUCCCGAGUAAGACAACUAGACCAAGCUUUGGGAGAGCGGGACGGCUCACACAGUUGUGUGUGAAUCACUUCAAGACCGAACUGGUGAAGUGGGACGACGUGUACCAUUACAAUGUGUCGAUGGAACCGGAAGUAACGAAUAAGAAAAUAUGUCGUGAUAUCAUGACGAAGCUCCGCGACACAUUUGGGGAAUCCGAAUGCGGUGGUAAGCAAGGGGCUUACGAUGGAGGAAAAUCUUUGUUUACGAGUGGGAGUUUAUCGUUCAACUCUAAGGAGUUUCCAGUGUUCCUGGAUGACCGCAAAACUCCCUCUUUCAGACCUGGUGAUCGGGGAGGAAAAUUUGGAGAUGAUCCUUCUACACGCAGCCCAGGUUUUCCUAGGGAAGAAGCCAUCACGAAGAGGAGGAGGACUGCUGCGAGAGGGAGGGAUUUCAUUGUUAAGAUUGAAUUUGCUGGAAAGAUUCGGAUGAAAGCAAUUCACGGGAUACUAAAGAGAGUUAUGGGUAUGGGCGAUCUAGAGCAGGAAGUGCGUGCAAUAGAUGCUCUACGUGUUCUAGAUAUAGUGCUUCGGGAGAGUGCUUCAAGAAGAGGGUACCUUCUUGUGAGGGAUAAUUUCUUUCAUCCGAGCUUGGGUCCGGUUGGCAACUUGGGAGAGGGAGUUGAGGCUUGGAGGGGUUAUCACUCAAGUGUGAGGCCUACUGGGUUGGGCUUGACUUUGAAUCUCGACAUGACUAUGACAACGAUGUUGAAGCCCAUCCUUGUAGAGGAAUUUCUGAUGGAAAGGUUCAACGUAAGAGACCUGAAUUGUUUGCAAGGCAGGGACUGGGUUAAAGCCAAUAGCGUGUUGAAAGGAGUUAGGAUCGAAACGAUUCACAUGGAAGUGUCUCGAUCUCACAAGAUUGCGGGGUUCAGUCCGCGGCCCAUUAAAGACCUAAAAUUCACUAAGAGGAUCAAAGACGGCGAAGGUAAUGCGCGAGAGGAGGAGAUGUUAGUGGAGCAAUACUACUUCGAUGUGUACUCGUACACCCUUAAAUACCCAGGUCUUCCAGCAAUAGAUGUUGGGAACAAGAAGAAGCCCACAUUCUUGCCGUUAGAGUUGUGCAAGAUAGUUGCGGGACAGCGUUACUCGAAGUCGCUGUCUAGCAGGCAGAGGACUGCCCAGAUUGCUGCAUGCAAGCAGGGACCGCAAGAGCGGCAAAGAAUCUGUGAGAACGCGAUUACUGUGAGCAACUACAACUCUGACAGAAUAAUCUCAGAGUUCGGUCUUCGAUUUGAGAACAAGCUCGCUUCCAUCGAAGGCAGAAUGCUACCUGCCCCUCAGCUCGAAUUCGGAAAUGGGAAGACCGAGGAACCUAGAGAGGGGCGGUGGAAUUUUAAUAACAAGACCGUAAGGAAGGGAGUCAAAAUAGACCCCUGGGCUGUCGCUGUGUUUGAUCCCCGCUGCAAUGACGGAGGUCGCAUCGGAGAUCAGCUGGUGGAGAGUUGCUGCAGACGUGGUAUGAUGAUGCGAAGACCGGCUGUGGUGCAAAAAGAGUUGCCUGAUGCAUUGAACCGUUCACCCGAGCAGCGGGUGGAGUGGAUGCUUAUGUCACUUAAGAAGUAUACGCCUGUAUUCAUUCUGGUCAUACUAUCAGACAAAGACAGCCCAAUUUACGCUCCAUUCAAGAGGUUUUGUGAGAUGAAAAUAGGAAUUAUCUCGCAGUGCAUGGUUAAGCCUAGGCAGAUCAACGAUCAGUAUCUUGGAAAUCUUGCGCUGAAGAUAAAUUUGAAGAUGGGAGGGUUUAAUUCCCCAUUGAGCCGGCGGAUGCUCACCUGCCUUGGUGAGUCAACCAUAAUAUUUGGGAUGGAUGUGUCGCAUGGAUCCCCUGGAGAUUUGAGUGUUCCUUCGAUUGCAGCUGUGGUUGCCACCAAAAACUGGCCGGAAGUGUUCCAUUAUUCGACGCAAGUUAGAACACAGCCACCCAAGAUGGAGAUGAUAACUGGUCUUUAUGAGCCUAAGGGUGGCAUGGUGAGAGAAUUGCUUUUGACAUAUUACAACACAUGCGCCAGAGGCACAAAUCCUAAACCAAGUCAAAUUAUCAUCUACAGGGAUGGAGUCAGCGAAAGCCAGUUCGCGGAAUGUUUGGAGGUAGAAUUUAUGGCGUUCAAAAGGGCGUGUGCGGAACUGGAAGAAGGCUAUAAUCCUGGGAUAACCUUCAUUGUCGCUCAGAAACGUCACAACACACGUUUCUUUCCUCAGAACCGAGAUUCGUUGAAGAAUGGAAACGUUCUGCCAGGUACUGUUGUCGAUAAGGAUGUGUGCCAUCCUCACAACUUUGACUUCUUCCUCGUCUCUCAAGCUGGACUCAUUGGUACAUCUCGUCCGACUCACUAUCAUGUGCUGGUGAAUGAAAACAAACUUGGGCCGGAUGACAUCCAGAUGUUGACCAACAACCUCUGUUACACGUUUGGACGCUGUUCGACGUCAAUUUCGAUGGCGGCUCCUGCGGCAUAUGCCCAUGUUGUGGCAGGAAGGUAUCGGAAGUUGCUUGACACAUGGGGAAGAGGAUCUGAUACCUCUUCCUUGAGGAGUUCCAAAGAAGGAGGGGUUGACUCAAUGCCUUUACCAGAACUUCCGGCUCUCAAGAUCAAGCCCGAAUAUUCGAUGUUUUUUUGUUGAACUAACAGAUUGUACUUCCCUCUCUUAUCUGGCCGGAAACUGAGGAGGUGGUUGUGGCGUUUUUGUACAUAACUGCGACUUCAGGGUUAGUAAUCAAUUCUUCUCAAGACCGAGAGCACUGUCCCAUCCAUUCCUGUUAAACUGCGCUGAACCCGUGUGGGUUUAUUUUGGAAUAGCUUACAGAAAGAGUUGGCUGGCUAAGAUUUACACACAUACCGCUACUAAAUACUUAAACUUUAUACAGAUAGAAUAAAGAACUUUGUCUAAAAGAUUGGUAACAAAGUAUCCCCGUAAGAUAAUAUAAAAUUUUUAAGUCUUAUUUUUACACUAAUAAACAUGACGCCUUUGAAUAAGAUAAUUUAGGUCUUAUCUUUGUCUUUUUUACAAUUUCUAGAUGGUUGUCCUUACUAAUCUAUGAAUGUAAGUUAAUUUUGAAGAUAUUCUGUGCAUAUGAAUUAAUUUUCAUUAUUUUCAAUAUAGGUAAUGGUCAAGUUUAGUAUUUUUCUUAUAGAGCAUGAACUUAGAAGUCUAUAUUGUUAUAUUUCUAUGUUUUUUAAUACUGAGAUGACAAAAUAUUCUCAUCUUACAG